AAUUGCUUUAAGAGUGAGUGUUGGGCACUUUUUUUACUGUUAUAUGUGCUUUCCUUGCGAAGAUUGGAUUCAUUGGAGAAAAUUUUUUUCCAAACUCUCAAACAAGAAAAGUUCUGAGUUCUCAUUAUUUCGUCCACCCUGUUUUUACCUUCAUCCACACUCUCUGUGUGUAUCUAUCUGUCUUUCUCUCUCUCUUUCUCUUUCUUUCCUUCCAUUCAUUUCAUUCCUGUGGGUUCUCAGGUUCAGUGUUUUGUGUGUAUGUGAAUAUAUCCAUUGAUUAGGAACAUGAAGUUCUGAACUUAUUUCCUUCAUCUCAGAAUCAAUUGAUUCUUAUUUUUAGUGUUAUUUGUUUUUCCACCAAAAAUCAAAAAACUAUUUCUCAUUUUUUUUUCUUCUUCUUCUGAACAAUUAAUCAAUCACCAAAUCAUCAUGAAUAAUAAAAGUAAACCCUACAAGUUGAACAAUGUCUCAACUGGAUCAUCAAGUGUUGAUACACUUUACCAAACGGCGAUUGAGAGUGUCCACUGUGAACCCAAACUAUGUACUGGUUCAUUGAUGAGACACAAAUUAACUUCAUCCUCAUCUUCAUCUUGUCCUCUCUCUAAUUCAUCAUCAUCAUCAUCAACAACAACAGCAACAACAAUUAAACACCGACGAACCGAUGAUGAGCUACUUUGUCAUGCGAAAAAUUUUCUCGAUCAAUAUUAUACAUCAAUUAAACGUCAUAACUCACCCGCUCACAUUGAGAGAUGGACACAGGUCAGUUCAUCGAUAGCCAAACAUGGCACCUAUCAGUUGAAAGAGACCGAACUCAUCUUCGGUGCCAAAUUGGCCUGGAGAAACGCUUCAAGGUGUAUCGGUCGAAUCCAAUGGUCAAAACUACAGGUUUUCGAUGUUCGAACUGCAACAACGGCCAAGGAAAUGUUCGAUGCAAUUUGUAAUCACAUUAAAUACGCAACCAAUAAAGGAAAUUUAAGAUCAGCGAUUACGAUCUUUCCACAACGAACAAGAGAUGCUCCUGAUUUCAGAAUUUGGAAUCAACAAUUAAUUUCGUACGCUGGUUAUCAUGAUCCCGAUAGACCUGGACACAUAAUUGGAGAUCCGAUUAACGUUGAAUUUACUCAGCUUUGUAUUAAUCUCGGCUGGAAACCACCACGAACUAAUUGGGACAUUUUGCCGAUCGUUGUUUCGGCCUCAGGCCAAGAUCCACAGUUAUUCGUUAUCCCGGAAGAACUCGUACUUCGAGUGCCAUUGGAACAUCCUAAUUUCAAAUGGUUUGCUGACCUUCAACUUCAAUGGUAUUCAGUUCCUGCCCAGUCCAAUAUGCUAUUUGAUGUUGGUGGUAUUGAAUUUCCUGCUGCCCCAUUUUCAGGCUGGUACAUGGUAACUGAAAUUGCAUGUAGGGAUUUAUGUGAUCCUAAUAGAUACAAUAUACUUAAGACGGUUGCUGAUAAAAUGGGACUAGAUACCCGAUCCAAUAUGACCUUAUGGAAAGACGCUGCUCUCGUUGAGGUUAAUCGAGCGGUAAUUGAUUCAUUUCAUAAACUUGGAGUGACCAUUGUUGACCAUCAUACUGCCGCUGAAUCAUUCAUGAAACACCUUGAAAAUGAACAAAGACUUCGAGGUGGAUGUCCAGCUGAUUGGGUGUGGAUAGUACCACCCACAGGCGGAAGUUUAACUCCAGUUUUCCACCAGGAAAUGUUGGAUUAUCGUUUAAAACCAAGCUUUGAAUAUCAGGAACCAGCAUGGAGAUUACAUUCUUGGAAUAUCUCACCGAAUGGUGAAAAAUCGAUGAUUCAAGGUCGAAAGAAAAAGUUCAAAGAAAUCGCUCGAGCAGUCAAGUUCACUUCUAAUCUGUUCGGCAAAGCUUUGUCCAAGCGGGUCAAGGCCACAAUACUUUAUGCAACGGAAACGGGAAGAUCCGAAGAAUAUGCUAAAAGAUUGGAGCAAAUAUUUUCCUUUGCAUUCAAUGUAACGGUCAUGCCAAUGGAUUCUUAUGAUAUUUUCCAAUUGGAACAUGAAACCCUCCUUCUAACUGUUACCUCCACUUUCGGUAAUGGUGAUCCACCCGAAAAUGGUGAAUCUUUUGCACGACAAUUACAAGCAAUUAAGGUUACCGGAGAUACUACUCCUGAUAUAGAAAGUGUCAGUAUACAUAAUGGAAACUCAUUGGAAUUGGAGAAGCUUAAAUUGGAAUCUGAUGUAACAUCAAAGAUAAUACUUGAAGAUGGUAAACUCCUUAAGGAAAGUGAUUUCAAGAAAACGGAAAUCACCAAAAGUGAAAGUUCAUUACAAUCCAAUGGUCACUUCACCUCCUACCAAGCGUAUAAACAAUUCUGCCGGAGUAAAAGACGAAGGUUUGCUGUUUUCGGUCUUGGGUCAUCAGCUUAUCCAAAUUUUUGUGCUUUCGCCAAGUAUCUUGAUAAUAUGUUGGGUGAAUUAGGUGGUGAGAGGAUAUUUAAACUGGUCACUGGUGAUGAAUUAUGUGGUCAAGAGCAAUCAUUUAAUCAAUGGUCAAAAGAUGUUUUCGCUGAGGCUUGUAAUGUUUUCUGUUUAUCUGAUGAGAUAAACAUGAAUGAUGUUAUGAAAACGGCAACACUUAAACCUAAAACAUGGUCAGUCCAAAGUGUUAAACUGGUGCCUUUAACUGUUACCCCAAAUGGCCCUAAAUCAUUAACUGAUACAUCUAAAGCUCUUGCCAAAAGCUCUAAUCGAAAGGUGAUUCCCUUCCGUUUGGUCUCAACGGUUGCUCUUCAUAAAGGAGGUGAUAAACAACGACAAACAAUAAGAGUUAUUCUUGAAUUGGAUAAACAAUAUCAGUCGAAAUUGUUAGCGGAUCAAUCAUCAUCAGUGUCAUCAUCUUCUUCUACAUCAUCACAAACAGUAACAACAACAACAAUCGGACAGCAACAAAAUGGUCACAUAACGAUUAAACCGCCAAAGAAUAAGCAACAAGAAUCAACCAGCGAUUUCUCAUUAGCUUAUUCUCCUGGUGAUCAUUUGGGUAUUUUUCCAGAAAAUUCACCAACCCUGGUUAAAGGGAUUCGAUCACGUUUGAAUAAGAUUGACUUUACCACAGUCUAUCAAAUUAUGGUUCGUAAAUCGGGCGAUGAUAAUUCCAGUGGUUCCAAUGAUGAAUAUGCUCCACAUGAAAAGUUACCUUGUUGUUCAAUGGAAGAAGCUUUAACCCGUUACCUUGACAUUACCACACCUCCAACUCAACAAUUAUUAAGUUUAUUAACUGCUUUUUGUAAGGACAAUGGUCAGAAAAGUUUAAUGGAGAAACUGGCAAAUGAUAGUGAACGUUAUGAGGAAUGGAAAGCUCAUCAAUAUCCAAAUUUAUUGGAACUUUUAACUCAAUUUGAUUCACUUGAUCCUCCACCGGAAAUCAUCUUAACCCAACUUCCUAUUCUUCAACCUCGAUUCUAUUCAAUCUCAUCUUCCAAUAAAUAUUACACUUGGACAUCAUCGAAAUCAUCAUCGUCAUCAUCAUCAUCACUUCCCACGAAAACAACAAUAACAUCGAGUAACAACAUUAAUAACAAUCUAAUCAACAGCAAUAAUAUUUCAUCAUCUUCUUCAUCUUCUUCUACCGGUACUUUAACUGUACAAAAUUCUGUAUCAACCAAUGGUCACUCUCCAAUUUCAUCAGCUGAAAAUUCAUCUUCAUCAUUUCUCAUUGAUCCUUCAUCUGUUGUUGAUAUAACCGGAAGCCCUCGAAGACCGGGAACCCUUUAUAAAGAUUCAACUCUAAGUCUGUUUAGUUUGUUUUCCAAAUUUACUGGAUUUGAGACAAGUAAUCACAAUAAUACCUCAAGCAAUCAACAUCAUCACCAUCAGAAUCAAUCUGCAAUUAAUAAUACAACCAAUUAUCUUAAUAAUUACAAUAACAAUUCAUCUUCCAAGAGUAACAAUAAUAUUAUCAACAACAACAAUAAUAACAAUAACAAUAAUAAUAAUAAUAAUAAUAAGGAAAAGUCAAUUGACUUUAAUAAUAAGCAAAUUAUUACCAAAACCAAUCAAGUAAUCGGAUCAAUUAAUGAAAAAACAACGAGCACAACAAUUAACACAAUUGGAACCAAUGUUAACCAUAGUGAUGAAGGUGAAACAAUUAGGAUUGAUUUAACUGUUGCCGUUGUUAGUUAUACAACCGGAUCAGGAGCCCAACAUUAUGGGGUUUGCUCAAAUUUCUUGGCCAAUAUUAAAGAUGGACACCAAGUAUAUGGGUUCUUAAGAAGUGCACCAAAUUUCCGUAUGCCUGAUGACCACUCGGCGCCCAUAAUUAUGGUCGGACCGGGAACGGGAAUCGCUCCAUUCCGAGCAUUUUGGCUUGAAAGAUAUGCCGAUGGAUUAACUAAUCCCUCGCUUAAAAGUUCAUUCGGUAAAAUGUCCCUUUACUUUGGUUGUCGUUUACCUUUUAUGGAGCUUUACUCAGAUGAAACUCGAACCAUGAUGCAUGAGAAAAUUUUGUCCACCGUUAAAGUGGCCUAUUCCAGGGUAGCUGGACAACCCAAGCGAUAUGUUCAAGAUGAACUUCGCUCAUCGGCAAAAGAGGUACUACAUCAGCUGAUGAAGGAGAAAGGUCACCUUUAUGUUUGCGGCGAUGUCUCCAUGGCCGAAGGUGUCUCACAAACUUUACGCACCCUCCUCUCCGAAGCGGGUUACGAGGAUCCCGACGGUGUUAUUAUGUACCUUCGGUCAGAUAAUCGUUAUCAUGAAGAUAUUUUUGGUAUUACCCUGCGAACUGAUGAAGUCCGUCGGAAAGGUCGUGAUAAUGCUUUAAAUAGGAAAAGUGCUUCAACCGUUUGAUCCAAAUUCAAUUAAUAUUCAAACAAAACGAUUAAUCAACAAUCAAGAAAAAUCAAAAAAUCGCAAAUGAAAUCCAAUUUCCCAUAAGAGAAAAAUUGUCAAUUUCCAAAUGAUUGUUUCAGAAAAAUUUUAUCAUUCUAUUUACAAUUAUUACCAAAUUUUAAUCACUAUUAAUUACACAAUUUAAUCCUGUUAAUUGUUACCCACCACCCACAAAUCAUUAUUAUUGAGAAACUUUAAUUAUAUCCAAUGGAUUGGUAAUUAAACACAAUCAACUUAAAAAAAAGACAAUUGUUUCAUCUUCAUCAUCACCAUUGCCAUCAAUUUAUCAACAAUUUAAAUGCUUUUAAUUGGUUGAUUGUAAAAUGUUAAAUUUACUUUUAAAUUGUUAACUGUUGUUAAUUAAUUAUCAUCAACUAAUGCACAUAACAAAGUUAUUGGACAACCAACAAAAAAACCAAUUUAUCAACUUUAACCCUUAUUAAUUGUUAUAAUUAUCUUAAUUUUAACUAUUAUAACAAUCAAUCAUACAUUUAAUUCAAUUUGCCAUUUUAAUUAUAAAUUGAUUCCUUAAUCAUCACACAAACAAUCAGUUAAUUGUUCAUUUUUCUUAUAUCAAACUUGUUUCCAAAACAAACUUAUUAUUACAAUCACUUUCUUUUGUUUCUGAUUCAUGUUAAUUGCUGCAAACAUUGAAACAAUUAAAAUGUCAAACGUUAA